AUGGUUAAGUCUUAUGAUAGAUACGAACAAGACCAGGUGUUUGGAGUGAUAACUUCACAGUCCAACAUUGUCUGGUUACCACCAUCAGAUGGUCAAAGUAAGAAAUCUGCUGGUAGAGCUUUAACUUCAGGUAUUGAAGAGAUUUUAGUUUGGGAUAUAAAAACUGGUGAAAUCUUACAAAAAUUACAAGAUGGAUUAGUACCGGGAGCUUCAAAUGCUUCCACUUCUGUAGCACCAUCUGCAGUAUCAUACCUUACAUAUAAUGAAGCAUCAAACGUUGUAGCUAGUGGUUAUAACGAUGGUAGCAUCAAAGUAUGGGAUUUAGCAUCAUCAUCAGUAAUAAUGAAAUUUCAAGGUCAUAAAUCAAAGAUCUCUGCAUUAAAAUUUGAUACUUCAGGUACUAGAUUAAUAAGUGGAUCAUCAGAUUGUAGCAUUAUUUUAUGGGAUUUAGUAGGAGAAGAAGGGUUAUUCAAAUUAAAAGGUCAUAAGAGUGAAAUCACAGAUUUAAGCUUUAUAUCUCAUGGUGAUAAAGAAAUUGAUGAAUUAGAUGAUUAUGUUAUCAGUGUGUCAAAAGAUGGAUUAAUCAAAUUAUGGGAAAUAACAUCUAAACAAUGUAUUGAAACACAUAUUGCCCAUUCCAAUGAAUGUUGGUCAAUGGGAAUCAACCAUGAUAACAAUUUAAUAAUCACCAGUGGGAAUAAAGAUCAAGUUAAAGUAUGGUCAGUAAACUUGAAUAAUCCAGAUAUGUCGAAAUUACAAGAGAAGGGGAUGUUUGAAAAACAAAGUAAAAGUAAAUGUCAAGAAAUCAAAUUUGAAAAAAUUGUUAAGAGUGGAGAAGUCAAUGAAAUAUUCUAUUUACAAAACAACGAUAGAACUAUUGAAAUGUUUAGAAUAAGAAAUUGGUCAGAAUUACAAAAAGGGAUCAAAUCAAGAACCAAAAGAUUGAAAGAGAAAGGUUUGGAAGACGAUGAAAUUCUUGAAAAUAUCAAAGAAAAUGAAGUAGGUAUGAUGAUAACUCCUUUCACAACUUUAAGAACUUUAGCUAAAAUAAGAUCUUGCUCAUGGGUUAAGAAUGGGAAAUCAUUCAACUUAUUAAUAUCAUUAACCAAUAACUCCAUUGAAUUAUAUAAUAUGAAAUUACCUGAAAAUAUCAGAAAGAUUGAUGAUAUUGUUACUAGUAAAGUAAGUGUUAUUGAUAACUUAGGUCACAGAAAUGAUAUCAGAUCUAUAGAUAUUUCCAAAGAUAAUGAAAUGUUAGUCACAGUAUCAAAUGGGGAACUUAAGAUUUGGAACUUGAAAACUUUCAAUGUUUUAAGAAACUUCCAAUUAUCAAGUGGAUAUGCUUUAUGUGUUAAAUUCUUACCAGGAUCAACAUUAGUAGUUGUAGGAUAUAAAAACGGAGAUCUUGAAUUGUUUGAUUUAGCUAUUAGUUCAACAGUUGAUAAAAUUGAACAAGCUCAUAAAGGUGAUAAUUCUAGUGAAGAUGGUGCAGCUAUUUGGUCAUUAGAUUUAACUCCUGAUGGGAAAACUUUAAUAACUGGAGGUAACGAUAAACUGGUUAAAUUCUGGGAUUUCAAGGUUGUUGAAGAAGAAGUUCCAGGUACUAAUGAAUAUAUCCAUAAAUUGAAAUUCAAUCAUAAACAAACUAUGGAAUUAAGUGAUGAAGUUUUAGCUGUUAAAGUAUCACCAAAUGGAAAACUUUUAGCUAUUUCUUUAUUGAAUAACAAUGUCCAAGUUAUUUAUCUUGACAGUUUCAAAUUAUUCUUAACUUUAUAUGGACAUAAAUUACCAGUGUUAUCAAUUGAUAUAUCUCAAGAUAAUAAGAUGAUUAUUACAUCAUCAGCUGAUAAGAACAUUAAAAUUUGGGGGCUUGAUUUCGGAGAUUGUCACAAAUCAAUCUUUGGACAUCAAGAUUCAAUUAUGAAUGUUAGAUUUAUUGGAGAUUCACAUAACUUCUUCUCCAGUGGUAAAGAUGGAUUAAUCAAGUAUUGGGAUGGUGAUAAAUUUGAAUGUAUUCAAAAGUUACCAGGACAUCAACUGGAAGUUUGGAGUAUGGCAGUUAGUAGUGAUGGAUUAUUUAUGGUUUCUGCUAGUCAUGAUCAUUCUAUAAGAUUAUGGAGUGCUACUAAUGAUCAAGUAUUCUUAGAAGAAGAAAGAGAAAAAGAAUUAGAUGAAAUUUAUGAAGACAAUUUACUUGAAAGUUUGGAGAAUGAACAACCAAUUGAAACUGAAGAAACUGAAGAUUCUGACGAAGUUUCUAAAGUUAAUAAACAAACAACCGAAUCUUUAAAAGCUGGUGAAAAACUUAUAGAAUCAAUUGAUAUUGGAUUUGUAGAUUUAACCAAACAAUUACAAUAUGAAGCAGAUUUAAAACAAUUUGAAUUAGGUAAAGGUCAAAAACCUUCAAAACCUGAUUAUAAUGCUAUUUUAAAAGCUUAUAACUUAACAGGUGAAGAAUAUGUAUUUAAAACCAUCAAUGAGAUUAAGCCAUCUCAAUUAGAAGAUGCUUUAUUAAUUUUACCCUUUUCAUAUACUUUAAAAUUAAUCAAAUUCAUUGAGAUUUGGAGUAAUAAAUUUACUAGUUUAACCAAACUUCAAGUUAUUUCAAAAAUUUUAAAUUUUAUCAUUAAAAGUAACUUAAAAGAGAUUAUAAGUCAAAAGGAUCCAUUAUUAAAGAAUCAAUUGAUUAAUAUUAAAACUAAAUUCCGUCACCAAUUAACUUCUAGUUCAAAUGAUAUCAAUUUUAACAUUCAAGGAUUAAAAUUCAUUAAAGAUCAAUGGAAAUUAACUCAUGACAUAGAAUUCAUUGACAAUCAAGAACAAGUCAAACAUGAAGAUUCUAAAGCUAUUAAACGUAAUUUUGUAACUAUAUAA